UGGAAAAUCCGUUUUCCGUUCUGAAUCAACAGAAUGAUAACAAUUUUGUCAAAAUAUCGUUCAAGUUAGUGAAAUUUUUACUAAAAUUCGCAACCUUAGAAGGCGAAAUUCGCUUCGUUGUUUUCGCGGAACUUCUAGUAUCUAUCUCUUUCACAAUUCGUUUAUAGUUUGACCUGCAGAAGGUCCGUUUAGGAAGGAAAUUAUAAAAGCAUCACCACGCCUCUGAAAAUAGGCCUUAGUAAUACUGCGGUAAUGGAUAUGAUGAUCUCCAAUCUGCAGCAACAGCGGCAGAUUAAUGAGCAGUUGAGACGAGAAGCAGCCAUCAAGCGUAUUUUGGUAUCUCAAGCGGUCCAUGAUAUCAUCAGGUAUAUCCAAGAGCAUGAAAACGAAGAUUACUUGUUGAAAGGCUUCAGUUCACAAAAAGCUAAUCCAUUCCGUGAAAAAGGUGGUUGCGAAAUCAUCUAAAAUGUAUGUUAUUUAUUCCUCAUUUAUCCUUUAAUCAAUCUACCGCUUAAUCUUUACUAUGUGAAUAAUGAAUAAGUUCUGUUCUAAUCUACGUUGUGUGUGUUUCUUCAGUUAUGAUUUAUCUAUGAUGAGUUUAUUUUAUAAUUUUCAAUCUAGUAUUUAGUUCUAUCCAAAGGCAUUUUCUCUAUUUGUGUAACCAAACACUUGAAAAAUAUACUUGUUUAUGUAUUA